AUGGGCGAGAUGCUGCUGCUGGCGAGAUGUCUGCUGGUGCUGCUGGUCUCCUCGCUGUUGAUGUGCUCGGGGCUGGCGUGCGGACCCGGCAGGGGAUUUGGCAAGAGGCGGAACCCCAAAAAGCUGACCCCUUUAGCCUACAAGCAGUUUAUCCCCAACGUGGCGGAGAAGACGCUAGGGGCCAGUGGAAGAUACGAGGGGAAGAUCACCAGAAACUCAGAGCGAUUUAAGGAACUCACCCCCAAUUACAACCCCGACAUCAUAUUUAAGGAUGAAGAAAACACUGGAGCGGACCGGCUGAUGACUCAGAGGUGCAAGGACAAGCUGAACGCCUUAGCCAUCUCUGUGAUGAACCAGUGGCCGGGCGUGAAGCUGCGGGUGACCGAGGGCUGGGACGAGGACGGCCACCACUCGGAGGAGUCGCUGCACUACGAGGGCCGCGCAGUGGACAUCACCACCUCGGACCGCGACCGCAGCAAGUACGGCAUGCUGGCACGCCUGGCCGUGGAGGCCGGCUUCGACUGGGUCUACUACGAGUCCAAGGCGCACAUCCACUGCUCAGUGAAAGCAGAGAACUCGGUGGCGGCCAAGUCGGGCGGCUGCUUCCCGGGCUCGGCCACGGUGCACCUGGAGCAGGGCGGAACCAAGCUGGUGAAGGACCUGCGGCCCGGGGACCGCGUGCUGGCGGCCGACGACGAGGGCCGGCUGCUCUACAGCGACUUCCUCACCUUCCUGGACCGCGACCGCGGCGCCAGGAAGGUCUUCUACGCCAUCGAGACGCGGGAGCCUCGCGAGCGCCUGCUGCUCACCGCCGCGCACCUGCUCUUCGUGGCGCCGCACAACGGCUCGGCCGCGGGGGCGCCCGAGGGGGCGGCGGCGGGCGGGGGCGCGCCGGGGCGCCGGGCGCUCUUCGCCAGCCGCGUGCGGCCGGGCCAGCACGUGUACGUGGUGGCCGAGCGCGGCGGGGCCCGGCGGCUGCUGCCCGCCGCGGUGCACAGCGUGACGCUGCGCGAGGAGACGGCGGGCGCCUACGCGCCGCUCACGGCGCACGGGACCAUCCUCAUCAACCGGGUGCUGGCCUCGUGCUACGCGGUCAUCGAGGAGCACAGCUGGGCGCACGGGGCCUUCGCGCCCUACCGCCUUGCGCACGCGCUCCUGGCCGCGCUGGCGCCCGGGCGCACGGACCGCGGUGGAGCCGGCGACAGCGGGGGCGGCGGCCGCGUCCCCCCACCCGCGCCGGGGGCGCCGGGGGCGGCCGACGCGCCGGGCGCCGCGGGCAUCCACUGGUACUCAGAGCUGCUCUACCAACUAGGCACCUGGCUGUUGGACAGCGAGGCCUUGCACCCGCUGGGCAUGGCGGUCAAGUCCAGCUGA